AUGCCCAUGGACCAGUCUAUCUCAUCUCCAUUAUUUCCCAUGGAAAAGGAUAUUGAUGUUCCCCUUGAUGCUACACCCCUGGCACAGAGUUCAUCGUUGCAAAUUUUUAUACAUUUAGCUGAACCAGUUGUUUUUCUCCAAGGCUUCGAUCCUCAGAGAACGGAAUAUCCCUCGGUUGUUCUUCGAGGUUGUCUAGUGGUUAGAGUACUGAAACCCACAAAGCUCAAAAGCAUAAAUCUUUCAUUCAAAGGGUAUUCCAGAACCGAAUGGCCUGAAGGUAUCCCACCUAAAAGACAAGAGUUCGUUGAAAUUAAAGAUAUUGUAGACCAUACAUGGGCUUUAUAUCCGCCAACUGAGCAGAAGAGCAAGAAAAAGAUGGGGGCUUCCGCACCUAACGAUAGCAACAAUGCAGCUAAUAAUUUUUUGAUGAAAGAAAGUGGUGCCUCUCUUUAUAGAACGUUGUCAGAUAAUGAGACUUUAACAAGCAGGAAAAAUUCCAUAUCAGGUUUAUCCUCAUUGAACUUAUCGCCUCUAGGUACAGCUGGAAAUUCUUCCGUCAACGUGAGAGAUAGAGAAAGUAGACAGAGAUCUAGAUCUUCCUCGGUCACUUCUUCCAAUGGACCUUCAAGAAACUUAUCUCCGAUAAAUUUAUUGAAAAGAGCCACUUCUCCUUCCGUGUCUCAUCAUAACUACAAGCCUACAACUACUUCCAUCUUUUCUGACUUGCUAAGCAACACCUUUACCCAUAAUGACGGAGCAUCUCAUCAUAAUCAUCAUACCCCUGCCAGUAGCAGCCAUCUGGCAAUGACAAGCAAUAACUUCACCAGCGGGUCUGGAGGAGAAUUUUUUGUCUUUCAACCAGGUGACUAUGUUUAUGCUUUCGAAGAACUAAUUCCUCAAGUAUUCCCAGAAUCCAUUAAAGCUGAUUUCGGGUUUGUGGAAUACUUCUUAUUUGCCAGCAUAGAGAGACCUGGUGCCUUUAAAUCGAACAUUAGCGCCCGCCAAGUGGUUAAUAUUGUACGGACACAGGCUCAUAAUUCCGUGGAAGAAAGUGAGCCAAUCAUCAUAUCUAGAGAUUGGGAAAAUCAAUUAUAUUAUGAUAUUGUUAUAGCGUCCAAAGACAUUAUUCUAGAUGCUUUUCUGCCUAUCACAUUCAAAUUUGCUCCCCUUGAUAAAGUCACAUUGCAUAGAAUUAGAAUUUAUGUGACAGAGACAAUGGAAUACUAUUGUAGGGAUAAGAAAGUUCAUAGGAUGGAGCCCACCAAGAAAUUCCUAUUAACAGAACAAAAAGGUCCUAAAUUACCUAAUUUGCCCAAUGAUGCAAAUUUGUCAAAAGCCAAAAAUAUGGGGAACCUUUUGCAGGAUCCGAAGAAUGGAGACUUAGUUAACAAAGAGUAUGAGUACCAAAUUUUCAUUCCGAGUCGUUUCAACAACCAUCAGCAACUACAUCCAGACACUUCAUAUGAAAAUAUCAAAGCGAACCAUUGGAUUAAAAUAUGUCUGAGACUGUCUAGGGUAGUAGAUAAUAAAAGAAAGCAUUACGAAAUUAGUAUUGACUCGCCAAUACAUGUUUUGCAUAGAUUGUGUUCACAUGCAAAUACUCUUUUACCGAGCUAUGAUGGACGUACUACUGCCCCUCCAAAAGAAAUAGAUUCGUCAAUUUCUUCAAUACUAGAAUCCUCAGAUGAUAAUGUAAGCCUAUACCAUAACUCUAAUAUUUUCUUUCCUAAAGAAGUUCUUUCGUCGCCAGUACUUUCGCCCAAUGUCCAACCUUUAGACAUUUUAAUCCCACAUUUACCUUCCACUUCAUUGACCAGAAACUCGAAGCAAUUUAGUAGGAAUUCAAAAUCUCAUCCGAAUGAUAGUACUAUCUUUAAUUCUGCGAAAUUGAAAUCCAAUAUAUAUCAACCGGAGACUUUGCAAAGAGAAUUAGCAUCACCCCAGGCAAUCCCACUCUCCCCAAUAACAUCACCAAUGUCAAAUAUGGAAAUGCCUCCACCAGAUUUUGAUUUUUCUUCUGAUUUUAUAUCUGAUGCUGCGUCUGGAACCACCACAACUGAAGUGUCUUCAUCAGAGUCGAGUAUCUUACCAAGGGAUCCGCCAUCUUAUAAGGAUACUGUGCUGCAUGACAACAAUCAAAAAAGGAGGCCUAAUUCCAAACAUCCAACGCCUCCAAUUUUAAAAGCUUCCUACUCUCAUAAACAUUUAGAUAACGGUACCCCAGAAAGUAUGAAUAGAAAGGAACUGACGUCAAAGGUAGAAGAAAAUAGACACAAGAGAGAGUCCACUCCAAAGAAGAGAGAAUGUAGAGACGUGAAACGUUUAUCAACUCCACAACACGAGGAAAGCAAGGACUCCACAUCCAAUGGGAAUCAGAGCAAAGAAAAGGUCAGAAAAAGAGUAUUGAGCCUAUCAUCUUCACUACAUAGCUCACCAAAUAACAACGGAUUUGCACAUUCAACUUUGGGCAACCUGAGCAAUGAAUCAUUACGAUCAUUGAAUAGAAGAGAAAGUGCUCAAGACAAUUUACCUUCCACAGUAAGACACGACAAUCCUUUUUUCACCGAUUUAAAUCAAAUUCUAAUAGAUGACGAACUCAAAAAUCACGAUAAAAAUGAACUAAAUCGAAAUCCUACGAAUACUUCGAGCACCCCUGCCUCAGCUAGAUCAUCUUUUGACUACUCAGGAGUAAAUAUAAGUAAGGACAAGUUGAACAUGGAACCAUUACUGAGUAAAACGGAAACGUUGACUAAUAAAAUUAAUGACGACUCCUUUUUAAAGUCUAAUGAUUCCUACGUUGAUCUACUUGAACCCUCAGUCAAUAACACGAUUGAUAUCACAGCGCCGUACGCUAGAAAUUCCUCUGCAUGGCAUCCUUCGCAGAAUGAUAACGAUAACAAUCAGUUUUCUCCACUUUUAGGAGGUAACGAGAAUUUCUUGAAUGCAGCCAGUGCACAAAACUCGGCUGAAUCAGAUCAUAAUAAUGACAUUUUUACACAGGGUUCAGGAUUAACGGAAAGCUCUAGGAAUUCCGAUUCAGAGGAGAGAUUCAUUUCAAGACUUUCUUCACCAGAGAAAGUGCUCAUCAAUACGCUAGAUGAUGAAUCUGGACUACAAAGUAUAAAUGAGAGUACUCUUUAG